UCGGGACACUCACGGGGUGAACUUCCUUUGAUACUUUGCCAUUUCCCUUCUCCCUUUGUCUAACGCCUGAUAAACAAGACAUUUCUAAGUGCAUGAAUCCACAUUAAUUAUUUUAUUCCCCGAUUAUAUGAUUAUUUAUUUGAAAUAACGAUUUAAUUUUUAUUCGAAUAUAAGUGAGUAAACUUUUCAAACUAUUAUAUAACUGGUGAUUUUUCGAAGUCGUUUGGCGGAUAGAAUGAUUGGUAUCUGGCAUAAUCACGAGAACACAGUCGCAAUGAGCGGAGGCUCUCGCCGUGGCCGAUAGUACAGCGCUAGCCCGCGCCGGCUCCCGUCCCCGCACGCGCGUCCACACAAUCCCCCAUCAAACAUGGUGCGCGACAAGAAAUCUCCGCACAAGACUGACUCCCAAAAAUCCAGUACCAAUUUAGUCGGUAAAUUUACACAAAGCGUACGCCGGAUCGUUCAAGACGUCAAAGACGAGGGCACUUCCAGCGGGCAGACUAAGGAGGAGGUAAUCGAGACUAAUGAAAGACUCCGUGUGGUCCGCGUCCGUCUCGAUGAAAACUACGACACUGCGAAGAAAGCUCUUAUAACGCUUAUGACGCGAUACAAUGAGUCCAAGGCUGAAAGGAACGUAUUCACGCGGUAUGCUCUACUCAAGGCAAUGAUCAAGGAUGUCAUUCGUCUAGAGACUCAGUACUGGUCUCUUGUUGAAAUUCCGAAGCAAGAAAAGGCGGAGACAGUACCUGCGUUCGUACUGCGAGCCUGCGCUAUCAUGGAAAAGACACAGAAGUCUGGGGAGGGUGUCAAGACGUCUUCCAAGCUUGCUGAAGAAGCUGCCGAUAGAAGGGAGCGGAUAGAACGACUGAAUGACAUGACAACAUCUCAAAUAGAAACUGAGAACACGCAAAUGACAAAUGACUUAUAUCGUUUGCUUAAGAAGUACACAGGCUUGAGGAAUCUUAUCAGAGAGCUUAAGUCGGAGUACGUCAGCUCGAAGAUUUAUCCGAUGUUUCCGCGGUACACUAUGCUGAAGGACAUGAUAAAGGACAUAAUGCACGACCCUGACUACAUGGAGGUAUGCCACGAGGUGGACCCUUAGCGCGGGGUGCGCAAAUAAAUGAGGGCCUCCUUCACCGACCGCUCGCGGUCGAGACGUCGCUAGCUGAGUUAUCCUCGGAAUCCCUCUGAGGAUACAGGUUGAAAUUCCUUUGCCACUUUCGGAUUAAGCGGGCUAUAUGUUUGUCAGCUUUAAUGCGGAAUAUUUCGUCAUGGUUUUUUUCUCGUUUAAUUUCAAUAUUUAAAGUCUAAGCAUAUUUUUACGUUCCGCAAACUUAGUUUGCACAGCUAUUAAGAAUUCACAUAAACGUACCAUCAUGUUUAUCUUGUUAAUAUAUGGAUAUGUGGUUUAUUUUGCAUUACUUAACCUUUAACGCAGAAUUGACAUACCAAUUUGUCCAUAAUGGAAUAUAUCAAACAUCCAUUUGUUUAAGUGACAGCAACAAGAUUUGCGAUACUUGUUAUCAAAAAUAAGACGGAGUAAUCCAUUCAAUUCAUGACUUCGAUAUACGAAUUAUAUUUUUUUCCUUUAUUCCAUUCCUUUCUGAACUUUCCUCUGCUCAAGCUGACUGUUUUGGAAGAUCAUCGGGUGAGGAAAAGUGGUGAAAGUUGGAAUAUAUUGUGUUGCUAGCGUCGUGUAGUGUGACGAGUACUCGUUUGUUUUGCGCUACUUUAUUCAUUGGACAUUAUUCGUUAAUUAUGUGAUUACUGUAAGUUAGGUAAAGUGUAGUGUGUAAGUACUCGUCCUUCUUUUCGUUCCUUUUUUUCAUGUACCUUCAAAUUUUCUUUGAUUAUAACAUGUCCAACUUCAAGACGAUUACUAUUCACGAGACACAUAUCCAACUGGGACAAAAAUAAUUUAAUUUUAGAAUAAGCGCAUGCUUAGUGUUUACGCAUCGCUGUAGUGUAAUACCAUGUUUU